AUGAGGCGGCAGCAGCAGCAGCAAUCGCAAGAGCUGCACCAGCUACAGCAGCAGCAGCAGCAGCAACAACAGCAUAAUCAGCAGCAGUAUCAGCAGCAGCAAGAGCGGCGGGACCCACAGAAGCUGCAGCGCCAGCAACAGCAGCAGCAGCAACAGCAGCAACCACAGCAGCAGCAGCAGCAACCACAGCAGCAGCAGCAGCAACCACAGCAGCAGCAGCAGCAACCACCGCAACAGCAGCAGCAGCAGCUUGCCAGUUAUCCAUGA